GCCAUCGAACUACCAUUGGCAGAGUAAAGGUAAUGUCAAAGCUAGUGGAGUGGAAGAUAUGGUUCUUCUGCCGAAGAUCCAGGAGGCAGCGAUCGUGGAGAAUCUCAAGAAACGAUACUUGGACGACCUCAUUUUCGUAUCCUUUCUAUCAGUGUGAAUGAGAAUGCACAACUUUAUUACAGCUUAUGUCGUACACUAAGUAGUCCUCAAGGGUCAUCGUCUUUCCCUAAAUCUGAUCCUUAACUCUCCCUCUCGAAUUUUACCUGAAUAUUUUCUUAAUCAACAUAAGGAAAUAUAAACAUUGUCAUCAAAUUCUUGCAUCGUGUGAAAGUUUUUAGACAAACAAAUACAGCUACUUGCUUUCAGGAACAAAAGAUAGUAAAGAAACCUGUUAUCAGCUGCGCAUCAAUUUCCUUAUCCGUCUAAAAAGGUUCCGAAUGAUUUAUCGAAUGGUUUUGAAAUAUUUAUUUUGUAUUUUAACAUAGGUUUAAUCCUUCUCUAGUUUUAUUUCCGUCCAUUAAAGUGCGAUCCUAGUUUCGGUACCUCACGCUGUGGGGCGUCUGCAUUUAAAGUAAAUUUUCGGAUUCAUUCCGGCAUAAUUUUGUAAUCGGUUGAUACAAUUUCGUAGAACUUCGGCAGGGACAAUUGGAAUUAUUUUGGGUAGUGACAGAAUUUUCUCCGGCAAAUGAUACGUACAUUUCGUAGGAUUUUUACGUGAUCAGGAUGGAUACACCGACAAACUGAGCAAUUCAGCUCAAGCCAGACACGUAGAUGAAUCUUCAAUAUCCGUUACUAUAGAAUUCUGAUGGCUGUGACAAAUUGGAGCUCACCCCAAUAUUUUUAAAUACCAUUAAAUGAUUUUUUAAAUCACAGAGUUGCUAUAAUUUCUUCUUAAUACACAGAAGGCCCAUCCAGUUACACAAGAUGUCAUAUUAUUUUUUAAACUUCUCAGAAAUUUGGUUCUGUCAGGUUUAUUUUUAGUCCUCUCCUCUGGUUAUGUGGAUACCCUCGGGAGAGCAGUCAACUGAAACCACCUUAGAUAGAGAAAGCUUGUUGGAAUGUGCCUUUUUGGGGGCACAGGCUAGUUUGUGCUCUCUAAUUGGCUGGUAUCAAUUUGAUAGACAUAUUGCUCUUGUGAUUGAUCUUGGUGUGACCUGCUAGUUUUGUAUAAAAUGCAAUAUGAUCUGUGUAAGACAGAUUUUGAACUUCUUCCUUGUUAUUUGUUUACAGAAUUUAUAACAGAAACCAAAAGUUGUUGAACAUAGAGCAAUCUUUGGUUAAUGUUUGAAACACAAAUUUUAGGUUCCCAGUCUACAGUUUUUAAGGCUGUAGCAGAUAGAUUAGGAUUUGAAUCAUUUUUAAUCUGAUAAUUCUUUUCCACACACUCUUUACUUCUGUUGCAAGAAGAUGAAUAUGUUGAAAAUAGUUGGAGAAAAAUGGGUGCAGAAUUGUUAAAAGUUUUCAAAGGGGGCAUAGACAUUGGUUGAACAGUUUAUAGUGAUUAAAAUUUAUUUAGAAGCCAUUGUCAACUUCUAAAUCAAAUGACCAAGCCACUCUGUUGUUAUGUGUGUGCAGUUAUUCAUUGCUAGCCUUUUAGCACCUUAGAAUGUAGUGAAGGUGCUCUUUGCACCACAAGGGGUGUGUCGUUUGAAUUGCAACCUUAACCCCUUUUGUUAGACAUACAUUGGUCCUGUUCUGAUUUCUGUCAAUCCAUUCAAGCAGAUGCCAUACUUUACAGACAAAGAAAUUGACCAGUAUCAGGGAGCUGUGAGUCAUAAAUUUAAGUUAUAAAAUCUCCUGUAGGUCAACAAUUGAACAGACUCAAACUCUCAUUAAUGCCAGUUUUGUAACCAUGUUAUGGAAUAAAGGGGAGGAUGAGAUUUUACUAGAAAAUCUUUGUUUUGUGGCCCAAAAAUAAAACUCCUUAGAAUGGACUCUUUGCUUAGUUACUUUUUAAGUUUUGAUUAGCUUGGCCAGUAACAUUUGUAAUUAUUUUGGACUAAUCAUGGGAUUCCUGUAUUUCAGGCAUCAUACGAAAAUCCACCACAUAUUUACGCCCUUACUGACAACAUGUACAGAAAUAUGUUGAUUGAUCAGGAGAAUCAAUGUGUGAUUAUCAGGUAAUAAAUGUCUGUGAAAAGAUUGUGGCCUUGUCAAGAUUUCAAAUUACAUGUAGUUGGACUCAACUUUAAAAAUCCUUUUGUGUGAAUCAGAAACCCAAUUCAGUUACUAGGUAAAUUUGUGACAUUAUUCUUUUGGAGUGAAGCCAUCCAAUGGAUUGCAAUCAGGUCAUUGAAAAUGUAGCUAACUUUUGCUGAGGUUUUGACACAGGAAAAUAUUGCAUUAGAAAAAGCCAUUUGAUUCUAGAUAAACUUAACAAAAAAUCUGAAAUUCAUUUAGUUUGCCAUUAAAAAGAAGCAAUUUAAAAUACAUUGAAUUUUUGCAUUGAAUUCCAAAUGUGGGCCUGAAAUAAAGUGCUUACUAUUUCUGUGUGCUUAUGUACUUUCUACGAAUGUGUGUGUUUGAUUUCCAUUUUUUCAAGCCAUGAUUUCAAUAUCAAUAGUGUUAAGAUGUGAUGCAUGACAGUAAUGCUUGUGUGGGUUACUUUUGUACAGUGGUGAAAGUGGAGCAGGAAAAACAGUUUGUGCUAAGUUUAUUAUGAACUACCUGGCUAAAGUAUCUGGUGGAGGUCCAAGUGUACAGAAAAUCAAAGAUGUGAUUCUUGAAUCCAACCCUCUUUUAGAAGCUUUUGGCAAUGCAAAGACUGUCAGGAAUAAUAACUCCAGUAGAUUUGUAAGUUUACUUUAUAUUUAGACCAACCUAGAUUUAAAUGGAAAUGUGAAUGCAUUUCCAAUGAUUAAUGGCAGCAGGACUGAGCAGAGUCCAGUAAUCAAAGGAGUGAUUGUAAAAAUUACAACAGAAGUCUGAUUUGAUAGUAAGAUUAAUCAGGGAUGGAAUAGGACCACACAGAGUUCUCAAUUAACUAAAACUCUGGUAAAAGUUGAGAACAAAAUACCAGUACCCAUCUGUUAAAUAUAAUCUAGAAACAAACAGUUUACUCAUUGUGAGUAAAUGAACCCAACAAUCCAUGUAGCAGGGCAUGCAAGUGAUGUGCAUUGUCCAGUUAUAGUAUUUAUUUGAUUAAACACAAAUCCUUUUGAAUGUGCCAGUUCUGAUGUGGAGAAAGCAUAUCCAACAUAAGAUCUUAAUUCACUCUAUAUAUUGCAGCAGUAUUAACAUGCAGAUUGUUAAAAUUAGGAAGGAUAUAAAAAUUAAAUGACUUUUUAGACAAGCACCAAAACAUGUUUCUGUUUUGGUCAGUUACCAUACUAUUGUUUGCAAGAAAUAAAUUUGAUCUUUAAUUAAUGCUGCCCUUGUAUAAAUGCUGCCCACAAAUAAACAUUGUACUCGAAUCACGAAAAAUUAAUAAAUGCUGCAGUGUUUAAUUUAAUAGAAUGAUGCAGUACAUAUGCAUGACAAUAACUGAACUGUCCCAAAAUGCCAUUUGAUUUAAAAUGCAAUGGGAACAAUGUGUUUUUAGUCUUAUAAUAGGGCUUGUUAUAACCAGUCAAAUUCUAUAAUAUUUGGUAGUUUCCAAAUGAGUAUAGUUUUGAUCAUUCCAAUAUUGUUUUCAAUCCUUUUCACUUCCAGGGAAAGUAUGUUGAGAUACAAUUUACAAAGGGUGGACAACCUGAUGGUGGCAAGAUUUCCAACUUCUUACUGGAAAAGGUUUUGAAAAAUUUAUUAUUUGUAACAUUAAUUUUUCAACCCACUACACCUUAACAACAUCAGUAAGUUCUCCAUACUGUUUUCUUUACAUUUCCUAAAGUACCUAAAGGGAGAGUUUGUCUUGCAAUCAAGAGCUUAUUGAGUUUGUGAUCAUUUCCUUUAUUCUCGUGACCUUAAUGUUUGACUCAGGGCUGAUUCUGUUGGGAGAAAUUAGAUGCUUAUCACUCUUCAGGAGCAGAGGGUUAAGUUGAGGAUUUUGAAUUCUUAGAGAAUAAUCUCAGAGAACAGCUUAACCAUAUUUCUUAAUAUUUGUCAUCUGUUAAUCAAUAUUUAUAAUGAAUUAUUAAAAGAUUGUUUGGUUGCUCUCUCCUGCAGUCUAGAGUUGUCAGUCAGAAUCCAUCAGAAAGGAACUUUCACAUUUUUUAUCAACUAAUUACUGGUGCUUCCCAAGAAGACAAAGGUUAGUGAUGUGAUUUGUUAGAUUUGUGAGACAAUUGUAAAAUUCAAGGGUGAAUACAUGUUGCUGAAAUACAGUGUAAAUGAUGCUGACAAAGUCUUCUUAUUUAAAAUUUCCUAUUGUUGAACAUAGGUCAGCUAGGUCUCACAGAACCAAGUUACUACUACUACCUAAAUCAGAGUGGAACAUACACAGUUGAUGGUACUAAUGACGUGAAGGAGUAUCAAGAAACAAGAGUGAGCAUUCAUAAUUUUGCUGUCAAUCACUUUCGUGCUCUUGCCCUUUGGCUAAGUAGCAUUUGAACUUACCAGUAAGCAAUUGUUUUAGAAAUGAGGCCAUGAAAUUUUGUUUGUCCUCCUACCUGUAAAUUUGAAGAAUUUUGAAUGCCUCUCUGUGGCAAGGUAGGACAGGACCAAGAUUUUAUUACCACACAUAAAGGAAUGAAGUUUCUUAUCUGGCAAGAAAUUGUCAUGGAUUGCCUCAAAAAGAAUGGUUGUUCUCACCAGCAAUUAAUCUAAGCUGUCUUGUGAUCUUGUUUUGGAGGGGUCUUCUUCUCCUUUGAUGUAUGCAACAUUGAUGAGAAUUCUGACAGUAUUAUUCUUUUAUUUUUUUAGAAAGCAAUGGAUGUGAUAGGAAUAUCUGAUGAAGACCAAGGAAGUGUGCUUCAAAUAGUGGCUGGGGUCCUUCAUUUAGGAAAUAUUUCCUUUAAUGAGCAGGGGAAUUAUGCUGUACCAAGUGAUGAGGAAUGUUAGUACAAUACUUUUACUUCUAAGUAUAAACUUGAAAUGAGUAUGAUUAUUAGUUGAGAAAGACACAGAAAAAGUUUCAUGACAGAUAUUUGACAAUAAAAUAAUACUGUUGUCAAGGGAAACCUUCCUUGUCUUGUUUCCAAUGGUAACUGAAUGUCAAGAGCUGUACGUCACCAAUGUGAAAACUCGCUAAAAUAAGUCGGAGACUUGUUGCUACUGGAAACAGAGCCAAUAAUCUAUGACAACAACACAAUUUUAACAUCAGAACAUGGUCAAAAAACUUCAGUGGUGCCUCACUCAACUGAAAAACAUAGUCAACAGAUUUUCUCAUUCUCAGAACACUGUAGCUUACAUGUUUUGAUGUACAUCUACUGGAAGUAUUGAUCAAUUUUUUUCUCAUGAGAGAGUAGCUGCAACUGCUGCUACUGCUAAUCUUGUUCUGGCUUCUUGUUUGUUGACAGUCUUAGCUUAUCCAGCAUACCUGUUGGGUGUAAAUGACAUGUUAUUAAAAGAGAAGCUGACCAGGUAUGAAAACCAUUGUUAUCAUUUAUAUGAAAUCAAUAGUUAUUCAUUAAUUUUUCCAAUAAAUGAAUCCUGAAUUUGUUGUCAGUCAACUGAAAAGGUUGUAUUGUGUUUUUUCAGUCGCGUGAUGGACAGCAAAUGGGGUGGAAAAACUGAAACUAUCAACAUGACACUGAAUGUUGAACAGGUGAGGGAAAAAUUGGUGUUGGAGCCAGCUUAGGACAUUAGUCAGGCCACUCGUUAACUGAGCUUGAAUUUUACUGACUGACUUGCUUGCAAAAUAGGUAAGUAUACAAGCACGCAGAAAUUAUCUCAAAUGUGUUUUAGUCCAUAAAUGUCUUCACGGAUUAGUGCCUUUGUACUUACUUUCAGAGUUCAGGCACACGCACUUUUUCCAUGGCUUUAACACCAGAAGCCAUGAUUUGCAGUGCCCUCCCUCCGCAAAAACUGUUAAGUAUCAGGGAAGCUUCAGAAUAAAUGGCACUCAGACUUUCAACACCCUUCCAAGAAACAUUAGACAAGUAGAGACAUUCAUUGAAUUUAAACUCAAGCUUAAGUGCCAUCUUAAACAUUAAUGCCUGUGGUACAUGUUGCCUUGAUAACUUAAUUACUUGUCUACUUUUUAAUGUUUUAAUGUUUUUGUUCUUGUGUUGUGUCAGUGCUCCAUUUAAACUAGCUAGUCUAACUUGGAUGCCCAUGGAUAAAUAAAGAAAUAAAAUAAAAUAAAUCAGUAGUUAAAUAAAUGUUAUAGUGGUAAAUGUGGUGGCUUAGUACAAAGGUUUGUUUAGUACGUCUUGUGUUCAGUCAGAUUUAAUCAUGUCAUGGUGAACUGGAAAGACUCCUUUGAAGAUUACUCAUUUCUAAUUUAUCUUCUUUCAGGCUUGUUACACCAGGGAUGCCUUAUCUAAAGCUCUCUAUGCAAGAUUGUUUGACUUCCUUGUUCAGGUACUAAGUAGUAAAUGACUGAAAUAUUUUUUUUUGUGUGAGCUAUAUGUGCUUUUAAAGGACUAUAAAGAAAUUGUAUUUUACAAGACUCUUCUGAUUGGCUGCAUGAAUGAUUAGGUGUUCUAAGCUUAUUACAUUUUUUUAAACUUAAAUUUUUAAAUUUCAUAUUAUCAUUUUUCUGGCUGGUGGACCCUUUUAAUGACAAAGCUAUUAAAAGUUGUAACAAAUAAUCCUUUUUAAUGUUGCAUUUUAUGCUUGUCACUGCAGUCUGUGAACAAAGCCAUGCAGAAGCAAGUCGAUGAACUGACAAUUGGAGUACUUGACAUUUAUGGCUUUGAAAUCUUUCAGGUAAACUAACUUUUUUGAUUUAUAUGAACUUAAAGAAUUGAAUUGAUGUCAUGAGACUGUUUGUCUGACAAUAGUCUUUCAUACAAGGAGCAAUGUGGAUGUUUACACAUUCUAGCUAACAUGAUAUAUAGUUAGGAUGAUGGAAAGUGUCCUAAUUUUUGUUUUAUUGCUGAUCUUGAACUCAACCUUUUAGAAAAAUGGAUUUGAGCAGUUCUGCAUCAACUUUGUCAAUGAAAAGCUUCAACAAAUCUUCAUUGAGUUGACUCUAAAAGCAGAGCAGGUGAGUUUUGGAAGCACAAGACAGUGCCUUCAGUAUUUCAUGUUAAUUUUUAAGUACAUUGCAGUUGUUUUGUGGUAAUUUUAUCUAAUGAGCUGCUCUGGGUGCUAAUAAAUUUUGCAUACAAACUCACUUUCUUUUUCCAUCAUUAUUAUUUGUCAUUAAUUGUUAUUUUCUAGUAAUUUGCCUUAUGUGCAUUUAAUAAUUACAUGCAAAUGAAUGUUCUAUCACAGGAAGAAUAUGUGGAGGAAGGAAUCAAUUGGAGCCCAAUUGAUUAUUUUAACAACAAAAUUGUUUGUGAUGUAAUUGAGAGCAAGGUAAGCCCCCCUUUUUUCCUUUUGUCAUUUAAAAAAAAAUUAUAAAUGGAUUGUGGGUUCCAAGGUCUGGUAGUGGAGUCCUUCUAAAGUUAAAUAAUUGGUAAUUAUAUUUUUUACAUUGAUAGAAACCUCCUGGUAUUAUGUGUGUUCUGGAUGAUGUUUGUGCAACCAUGCAUGCUGUUAGUGAAGGAGCUGAUGCAACUCUUCUUGAGGUAUUUGGGGCACAUGUAUAAUUAACUGUGUAGUAUCUUAAUCCUCGGCACCCUAACAUCAGUACGCGUAUUCUCCAUAUUGUUCUCUGUACAUAUUCCAAGAUGCUGAAAAGGAGAAUUUAUCCUAUAUUUUCUCUUUUUACCUUUGUAUAUAUUCUUUUUUAGGAGGUGCUGACAAAGGAGAAUUUGAUCAGAUGGCAAUCUUUGGCACCUCUGACGAAAGGGAGUAGACAAUUUGGGUGGUUAUUUUUUAAGUGCUUGAAAGAUAUUGAACUCAAACUUUUAAACUUUUUCUUAAAGGUUUUCAAAACCAGGCCCUAAACUAAUUCAUCAUUAUCAAAACUCAGUUGAUAGUACUAAAUUACCAUAUUUUAAUUAUCCAAGUUAUCAUGACUUUUUUAACUUAUUAAAUUAAUAUUUCUGUUUUCAAUUUUUUUUUUCAGAAACUGAAUAAUGCAGUAGGGACACAUCAACACUUUCAAGGUGUCAGUGGAGGGUUCAUAAUCCAUCACUAUGCUGGAAAGGUAUUUAAGAUCAGUCAGAAUAUACAUGCAAAUAUUUUUUUUACAAGUAUAAACAUUUUAGGUUUUUUGAUAAAAUAAAGUUUCUAUCUAAGAUUCACAUUGUUUUUCAGGUAACGUACGAUGUUAAUGGAUUUUGUGAAAGAAAUCGUGAUGUUCUUUUCAAGGAUCUCAUUGAGCUGAUGCAGACAAGUGAAAAGUGAGUUUUCUGGAAUUUUUUCUAGUUCUUUAAUUGACAGCAGGACUUACAAGCUAAAUAAAUAACAUGCGUAAAGUUUGUUUUCGUCGCACUUGUGGAUUUGCAGCUCGGUUGGUACUUGCAGGUUAUAGAGGGUUUAGUAGACAACACUCUUAAAGGGACAUAUUUUGCAGCUCAGAGUUGUGUCUUAUGUAAAUUUGAUUCAGGUUCUUUUUUCUCUUGUGUCCUUGCAGCCCUUUCAUGAGAAAUCUUUUCCCUGAGGAUGUCAGUACCGACAAACGAGGAAGACCCACAACAGCUAGUAAUAAGAUCAAGGUAAACACACCUUUACAAGAAUUAUAGAAAAAAAAUAAGGUUUCUAUUUGAAAUAACUAGCUAGUGGAAUGAUCUUGUAGAUAAAUAGAAAAGGAAAUUCCAUGGAACUGUUUUAACUGCGGCUACAGAGGGCCAAUACAAAUGUUGCAGUUUGCAAAUUUGAAAAAAUAGAAUGCACCUUAAUGUUGCUGAAGAAGAAUGUUUUUUCGUCUUGUCUUGAGCGUGGAACAAAGAGUCUCAAUGAAGAAUCGAACCUUGCACCUUCACAUUCCGCUCUCUGAUGCUCUACCUCUGAGCCACAGGAACUUUAGGGUGUGCUAGGCUAGUACAAGGUUCUUUUGUAACACGCGACCUGUUCACUACGACUGGAAAUGUCGAAAGCCUGGUGUUAGUUAAUAGAAUAAAAAAGAUGGUGAAUUUUUACGUACGUUAAUGAAAUGAGGAAGGAUGAUUUCUCUUCUUACCUUGAGCAUGAAACACAACACAAAUAUCUCAAGUUACUAAUUUUUCCGUGAAGUGGCCCUAUUUAGCUUUAACACAUCACUGUUCAUUGCCUAUUUUACAGACACAAGCCAAUCUGCUAGUAGACAAACUCAUGAAGUGUACUCCUCAUUACAUCCGCUGCAUUAAACCAAAUGAGAGCAAAAAGGCUCAUGACUGGGAGGGUGACAGAGUGAAACAUCAGGUGGAGUACCUGGGACUGAAGGAAAACAUCCGCGUCAGAAGAGCAGGAUUUGCCUAUAGAAGACCUUUUCAGAAGUUCCUUGAUAGGUGAGUGUGUCGUAAGACCAGUGAUUUUGAUGAGAAUCUGAUUAGAGGUUGAGAAAGUACAUAAACAUUUUUUUUGAUUUGUUUGAAAUUGUCGAUAAUUGCAAGGAAACUCUUCAAAAGAAAGUUUACCGAGCGAAGACAAAAUCGAAAAAAGAGAUUAACGCAACGGGGAGCAAGAAUGGUUUAAGGUGGAGAAGAUUAACACAGAUUGCAUAUGAAAAAAAAAAAUUGAAAAUUUGGGGCUCAAUUUUUCCUAUUGCUUUUUUAAAUACUGGACGUACCGGUAGCUCCUGAUUUAUGACCACGUCUUCCCACUCAUUGUUUCAGAUGUCCUGAAUGCGCAUUUAGCUUCAACCUUUUCAAGGGCUUCUUUGUUGUUCACCUCGCGAAUUCAGAAUUGAUUUUGAUGGUUACAGAUUUAACGAUGAAUUCAACUGGUAAUAUUAUUUUUUUUAAUCUGGUCGCCAGAUAUGCUAUACUUACCAAAGAGACUUGGCCGCGGUGGAAUGGUGACAUGCGGAGAGGAGUGGAGCAUCUGAUGAAUGCUGUCAACAUGGAGCGCGACCAGUGGCAGAUGGGAAAAAGUAAAGUGUUCAUCAAAGCACCUGAAUCGGUGAGAUAUUACUCGUAAUUUCAAUGCUUUUUCAAGCAAAUAGGUGAUGAAAAUAAACGAACUUAUGCGCUUGAGAGCAGCGCUAGAAACUGCAACCGUUGGAGUCUGCUGUUACUAAUAAUUCGUACAGGAAGUUAUUUUGCCAAGUCCUCUAAUCCAUAUCUGACUCUUCUUUACUUGAAUCAAGCUGUUCUUGCUUGAAGAAUUGAGGGACAGAAAGUUCGACGGUUACGCCAGAAAGAUCCAGAAGGCUUACAGAAUGUACAAGUCAAGGCAAUACUUUGCCGAGCUCAAACAACAAGGUAAUCUUUCGUCUGUUCCCCUUGAUAUUCCCAGUGACUGCGCUGGUUUGGCUUGCGUAUUGUCUUUCCUACACAUAUAUUCUAUUUGAAGAGCUUGACUCUCAUUUUUACCGGACGUGGUGUGUCAAGCUUACAGUAGCCCAUCUAACUUGCUUUGUACCGUCGUUUCAGCAUCAGAUAUCCUGUUCAACAAGAAAGAGAGACGAAGGUUUAGCAUCAACCGCAAUUUUGUGGGUGAUUACAUUGGUUAUGAUAACAACCCUGCCUUGAGGAGUUUAGUCGGUAUGAGUUGUCUUUGACUCUCGUCAGAUUUUGUUUUAUGGAUUGCCUUGUGUGUUUUUUUUUGCUUCAUAGUUUGAAGAGUAAUGUCUUAUUUCUGAUACUAUCUUUUCAGAAAAGCGAGAGAGAAUUGAAUUUGCAGUCACAGUGAACAAAUACGACAGAAGAUUUAAGGUAUAGUGUUUAUGAUUUUUAGCAUAGCUUAUAGUUUUUUGUUUUCAAAAUGAUUACAUUCUCGUGUUUAUCAAAACUGCUCAUCCUUUUUGUUACGAUACUUAAGCUGAAUGAAAUUCUCUUUACAGGCAAUGAAACGGGACCUUCUGCUCUCAAGCAAACAUAUUUACCUUAUUGGAAGAGAAAAGGUAAUUGUGUAGUAAAAAAAAUGAUAACUUUACUAUACAUAUACGUCGUGUGUCUUGGGAUCAGCAUGGUUUUCAUUGGAGAGAAAAGGAGAUUCGCUGCAUUGUUAUUUCAGUCAUGCUCUUUCAUUCAGCUCAUGAAAUGCAACAUAGCUUGCAGCGCUUGGCGCAUUCCGAUUUUGUCUGUUGCUUCUACUUCUCGUGGGCAAAUUGUGAAAAUUUGGUAACAGAGCAUAGAAAUUGUAUUUUUUGAAGAAGAAGACAGCGAUUUUUUUUUCAAGAAUCCUGUUCAUGUUUCUGAUCCUGAGCUCUUAAUUAGGAUUCAAACGCAUUAGCUCGUUCAAAUGCUAUAUGCUAAAAUGCUGUACAUCUGCGUAGUGGGGAACUUAUGUUAAGUUAAUUCGUCCAUGAUAGUUGCCGAAGACACAUAACAUUUCCCCUAACUUGGAACUUUCAGGUGAAGAAAGGACCCGAAAAGGGUAAAGUUUAUGAAGUUGUAAAACGGAAACUGGAAAUGAAAAGCAUAGGAUCUGUGUCACUUAGGUAAGUGCAACUGAGAUAUGUCCAGUCACGACAGUCAAUGAUUGAGCAAACUAAGGCAUGCCUCUCUACCGUUGAUGUCCUUCGCAACCUUGCAUUGGAUGUCGCAUGACGCCCCCCCUCGCUUCCCAACUCCAAGAAGAAGGAAGACUGUUGCGUGACAUCCCGAAAAACGGAUAAGAAAGGAGACUAGCGUACCGUCCAGCGCCAAUAUUUACAAUAUUUCAAUUUCAAUUUAUCAUCUCUCUCAUACUAUUUAUUUCAAUUUUCGUUUCCAGUCCACUUCAAGAUGACUUCAUUGUUCUUCAUAUCCCAGGGAAAUAUGACAGUGUUCUGGAAACUGUGUUCAAAACUGAGUUUUUAACUCUUCUGUCAUCAAAGUAUCAAGACUCUGUCAACCGUCAGCUCAAAGUUGACAUUGCCAGCAGGUAUGAUAAACAUAGCGUUUAACAUUGAAUUUAAGCGGAAGAGUUAAUCUGUAAUGUUGGAAAAUGGUUCUUGGUUUAAUGGUGAUCUUGUGAAUCCAAUUGAGGGACUUUCAAUCGAGUAUCGAUUGUACAGCGGUGUUACAUUGAGUUUGCCUUCGCUCUGUGAUUGGUCGGGAAAAAAAAACCUGCCACCUUUUCAACCAUUCAGAUGUAAAACCAAAACCAAUUGCAACUCAGCUACUCCCAUUUUCCAGUGCUUGAGGCAGCUGGCUCUUUUUCACUUUUAAGUUCCCAUUGGUUUCGGUGACAUUUGUACGUUGUAACGGCAAUGUUAUUUUCCGCAUAAAACGGAUCGGAUUUGAUAAACUCUAAUUUUUCUCCCAUUCCUUCUUGUACCGGCUGAGUACGUUGCAUGUGUAGCGAGAACCCGAAUAGAUAGGUACCGAUUGUACAAAAGGACAUUUAGGUACACCACGAUGAUCACUGACGCAUUAUCUGCAUAGCACUGGACUGAGGGUUUGUCUAAGCAAACCUUACGUCCAGUAAGAAUUAUUCCUAUUGACAAUUUUAACUGUUUUUCUAUUUCAGCAUCACAGUGACAGUGAAGAAGGAGGGCUGGGGAGGAGGUGGAACACGUUCCUUAAACUUCUCCUCGGGAGGUUCUGACGUCCCUGUGCUGAAGCCCAGUGGCAAAACACUCAGCGUCUCCAUUGGACCAGGUCUUCCGAAGGACACUAGUAAGUAAUUGAAAGAGGAGAAGUCAAAAGAGCUUCCUUUGUAUAGACCUUUUCUCUGGACACUGUCCUCGUGCCUGAAGGACAGUUCGUCCUCCCCCACCUCCCUCUUCAAAGUAUUUCCUGAUAUUUAGAAUCACAGCUCCUUUUAAAGGGCUUUUCGAUGAAAUGUCGUUGAACCAAAACAAAAGUAAUCACACCGCCCAAUCAGAACAACGGAAAUUAUCACAAGGAUCAAUAAAAACUCAUAGUAAUCGUUAUUGGUUUUAGUUUUGUAUUUCAUGGAUUGAGCGGGUUGCGUGACCUUUCUAGACCAAUCACAGAGCGAAGUAAAGCAAAAUCAAAGCAAUCGCAAAGUUCUCUCGACCCUUAAUCGAAACUUGCUCCUUAAGAUCGUUAAAGGACAAAUAUGUCGAAUUGUUGGUAAUUUGUAACAAUCAGUCCCUUUUUUUGGCUAAUACAGUCGAAGCUGUAUUAAGCGGCACCGUAUUAAGCGGUCAGUUGUCAGAGUCCUGAGCGGUCAGUUAUUUGUAAUUUUCACCUCUAUUAAAUGCUCACCUUUAUUAAACGGUCGCGGUCGCGGUCACCCUUGACUUAGUUCCAACGGCAUGUUCUUAUUGUCCUCCACCUGUCUUGAAUGGUCACUGAAAGCGAGACUACUCAAGUAAAAUUAAGAAUAAUCUUUCAAGUUAUUUUUAAUGUUCCUCUCCCAAAAUCAAAGUAAGUCGUCUUUUCUAGCGAGAUUCUGUACAUUGAGUGGUCAAUUAUGACGUAAAGUGACGUUUUUUAAUCGUUUUUUAUAAUACCCCCAAUCUGUCGAACCUGUAUUAAGAGGUCGCCAAGCGAUUCCCGGAAGGUGACUGCUUCAUACAGGUUCGGUUGUAUUCAGUCUCAAUAUCGGGGUGAGGGGUUCAUUUUACCUCUAUGGAAUAUCUAGAAAUGACAACUAUCGUUUGUUUCAACAGGACCUGGUCGCCAAGCACACGUCGGCUCUAGCCCAAGCAAACCACGUCGAGCGGCCCCAGGGUACCCCUCUCAACAGCAAGCGUCCAAUCAAUCUCGCGGCAGGACAUCGUCAAGUCUCAAACGAUUUGCAGCAACCCACAAACAGCCGUCACUUCCAAGAUCAGGUGCUCAGCACUUGGCGCGAGGACCAGCUAACAUCGAUGUUCGACAACAGGAAUUCAUGCGAACACCUGAGUCAGGAGUUUGUGGGUGAGUUAAGUCAUUCUUUUUGUCUACGAAAACACGUCUUACUAAUUGUGUUCUCAGUCUGUGUCUGUAAGUACGGGACGGAGGUUUUUCCAGUCGGAUUUAAGGCCCAAGUGAGAAGCGAGCCAAAUUCGGACAGAAAAAACGAGGCUCCUUAACUUACAAUACGGAAUGAGGGAACGAAAAUAUCUCUGGGUUUAAAUAGAGGGGGAGGUACAAUACUUUAUAAAACAAGCUCAAAAAGGGAAUGGAUCAAGUUAGAAAGACUUGAUCUGUAUUUGACCUUCUUAGGAAUUACUGCAUUCUUGAAAACAGAACGCGAAGAUGCGGUGAUUUCUAGUGAAGACACUUUGAGAAUAGAGCAAAGUUGUGUUUGUUUUAAGUAUGAAUUUAUGCUUUCAAACAGAGAUGAUGUUACAUGCAAUUAUUUGUCGAAGCCACUUUUGAGUAGAAUUUCCAGGAAAACAGUUUUAUAGAACUUCGCAUUACACGACAUAAGAUACAGUAAACUUGCGAAGCUCAUUUUAACUACAGCAAGAAUUGACGACUUAAUUGAUUUUACUAAGUCACUUGAGGAUUGAAAGUCAUUGUUAGGACAUUGCUAACGUGUAUUCGAGACCAGUUGCACCUCCAAGGACAACGGUUUUUACUAUUACUUUCGACCAGUUUUUGCAUGUAACAUCGUUUGGGAAUUCAAAGUUAUUUCGUGAUCAUAGAAAGAACGAGACACGCAAAAUAAUUCCUGCUUUUAAUGCAUUGUAGAACGUUUUUCGAUUGAGUGUUUUAAAUUUAUUGCUCUCUGUGAUAAGUUCACAAAACUUGCGUUACCCUGCCAGCCUGUCAGUACACACGUUUAUUUUUUUUCCCGCGCUUGAAGCCAUUUACUUGCCAUUUACUUACUCUGGGUCCUCGUUAGCGUUAUCUACCUAGUUAUGGCUGGCCGUGGCGAGUGAUAAUGUGGGUUCUCGUUUGAAGGCACUCGAUCGAAAAGCGCUCCACACAAUACCUAUUAUUUCAGUUUCAUGGGUAGUCGGGUUAAGAAAGUCAAUCUGAAAUAGAGUGGGGGGGCGGUGGGAGUGAAAGGAGUCGGGGGGAGGAUUUGGAGUUGAGGGAAGAACCGUUCAUACGCAGAGUAGUUUUGCAUGCUGAUCAGAGUUUUCGCGGGGAAUUAUUCGGUUAGGGGAUUCUCAACAGCAAUAACCUUGAAAUUCUUCUCAGUCUACCGAAGAAGAAAUCCAGUGGUUCACUGUUUUGUGUUGUUUUGCUCUCUGUAGUUAAUGUGCUGUGCUCCAAGUGCUUUUGUCAGUAAUGUUUGUGUGUGUGUUGGGGAUAAAUUGACCAAAAAAAUUCAAACGAAGACUAAUUUAUUUUCAUUCGUCACUCAUACGUGUUAAGACCUUUUGAUUAGCGAAAGUAAAAUUUUUUUACCAUAAAAAAAAUUAAAUCGCAACAAUCAACUCUCCAUUUUUAGGGACUCAAACGUGCCAAAAACACUCUUAUCUAAACAAAAUUAAGAAUGAAUCGUCAAUUUUUAAAUUUAUCCAAACACAACACAGUAAAAGGCCUUGCUAACAUCUCAUGCUGCAUUGAGAUAGAAGCAGUUAGGUCACUUUGAUUACAUGAAGUAGCAAACUCUGCAGGAUAACUUCAUUAAAUUCACAACCUUUAAACCAUAAACAGAUUUAAUCGCAUGAACCCACCUCCUCCUGUCUCAACUAUAAGAAGAGGAGCUCGCGCAUACGAGACUUACCCAGCACCUACCGCUGGACGACACGGGCCUGUAAAUUACCCUCACCACAUGAAUCACGCUGCGUCUGUCCAGUUCGGCGAUGGCUCGAAGCAUUCUAGAAGAAUUCCUGAGCAGCUGGAUCCAGCCGUCUAUGGACAGUACAGGAAAACAGGACACCCUCUCAAUGGGCAGAACGCGCAGUAUAAUCCAGCAACGUUAAGUCGUACGCCUGAUGACGGAAAGAGGAGGGUCAGUUUUGAAGACGACUAUGUGGAUGCUGCAAGACGGCAAACCGGGUAUAAGACGGUACAGCGACCGCGUUCAGCCAACAUCACUUCCCAGAGGGAGAGGAUGUAUAGUUCAGCGGCUAAUGAGGCUCCAGAUUCAAGGUCGCUUCGGGAAGGAGAAAGACAACGUGAUCCUUACGUGAGGGAAACUGCAAGGCAAAAUGGAUUCAAAACUGUCCCGCGCCCACGCUCUGCGACACUUGCCUCACAGCAUGAGAACGUUUACGGUAAAACGAACAGUCAACAGAGAAUGCAGUGGGCUGGAGCUGCUCAUGAUAUCUCAAGACAAUCAGACCAAGGUGGUUAUAGUCGGGCAGGGUAUCACAUGAACCACGCCCCUCAACAGAGCGCGCCCCGAUCGGACAUAUCUCCCCAUUCUGGUAGUGUCAAACCCCAGGGGACGGGGUAUGUAUCAGACUACAGAGCUAGGAGUGCUUCUCAUGGUGCUGAGUACACAAACACAAGGCGCCAGCAGACCAGGGCGCCGCAUGACGGAUACGAACAGAUGAGUCCAAUCAAUUACAGCCAAGCCAAUGGGCUAAACGGGCAGCAUGCGUAUGUUCCAGCCCCGGAGUAUCCUGCAGCGAGAUCACAUCAGCGUGUUCCGGAUGAGGUCAACUAUAGAGCGCAGAACGUUGUGCAGCAGCAGAGGACAGCGUAUAGAGCAGGACAAGCCCGACGUGGCACUGUCCAGCAAGGCUAUGAGCAAAUGGCACCUUUGCAUCAUACCUCUGCAGCUCCACAAAAUGGGGCAGGUCCCCAGCAGAGUGGAACACCAUACAGUAAUGCAGAAGGGCGAAAGAGAGGAGGCACACGGUACAAUACGAAUGGAAUACCGUACAGUAUUGCAGAUGCUCGGCAGAAUGAUUUGCCGCACAGUGCUGUCACAACUCAACAUAAUGGAGGAACCAUAAACCAUCAGAAUGGGAUGCCACACAGAGGAGGCACAGGCCAUCAAGCUGAACUACCCUACAGUACUGCUAUGGACCAACGGAAUGGAAUUACGUACGGAGCUACCACCAACCAACAGAAUGGGAUUCCGUACGGGGUUGCAAUAAGUAAUCAGAAUGGGAUUCCGUAUGAGGCUGCAACCAGCCGACAGAAUGGGAUGCCGUACGGGGCUCCAACCAGCCGACAGAAUGGGAUACCAUACGGGGAUCCAACCAGCCGACAGAAUGGGAUUCCGUACGAAGCUGCCGCCCUCCAACAGAAUGGGAUGCCGUAUAAUGCGUCUUCCUGCCAAUGCGAAGAUAUUUCAUACAGCACUGGUGCCAGUUCCCGGAACAAUAACCCCUACAGUGCAGCUCACAACCAGCAGAAUGGAGUUCAGAAUGGAGUUCAGAAUGGUCUUCCUUACAGUGCGGCCACGACUCAACAGAAAAAACAACCCUCUAUUGCCGCUGAAAUUCGACAGCACUGUAUGUCGUACAGCACUGCACCAUCUCAACAAAAUGGCGCAUCGUACAGUGUGGCAUCUACCCAUCAGAAUGGUUUGUACACCGCCACACAUCACAGUCAAGAAGGCAACCCCCAAGGCCACAGUGAGACUCCACAGCAAAAUGGCUAUGAUGGUUAUGACGGUACGUCCGACAGCGAAUUUGAUGACACUGAUGAUGAUCAGCUCAAUGAGUAUGUCAAUCUGAGGACGUGGCACGAUGGCCAAAACGGGUCUAACAGUCCAACUAAUCAAGAUGAUAGGUGAGCUAACACACCUCUAAACGGUUCUUAAACCUUAAUUUUAAUCUACUGAAGAAUCUGAUCAUUAAAUCCUAAAAUCUCUAACCGUGAUCGAAGGAACAGUGUGAGGGCGCCUUUCGUGGAUAAAAUUGGACCAGGAUCAAGAUUUUGAAGAAAGAUCACUUGGGGCAUGGUACAUAAAAGUUUUUUGAUUCAGUGUCUUAGAACUAAAUGCAAAGCUAUUACGACGAUCAAAAAGUACAAAUACAGGCGUGGGAAAACGGGAGUGACCAAGAAGCGAUAGUAAUCGUUUAAAUCAGAUUGGCUUAGAGAAUGCUGAAAUGUUUUUCAACCGGUGACGGUGCGUGGGAAAGCAAAACAAAAGACCAGAAUAUUCCCGGUUUGCUUAGUCUGUGACUCUCACUCCAAAAUGGAUUCGCUAAUUUCUUUUGAUUCUCGAUCAUCCAUCCCAUGUUGGAUCAUAAAAAUCUUGAUCCCUAUCCUCACAAAGAAGCGUACCCGUGAACUAACUUUCUAUCUUUUUUUUUCUAUCUUUAUUAACAACUUUUGACUUUCAUAAUGUGAUUGAAAUCUUAAUAUAACCCCAGACUACCUCAUGUAACGCGAAAGAAAUCUUCUCCUUCCCAGGCAUUGUGUAUCUUUGAAACGCAACACGUUCCCCUCGUAGGGUGGUUGGUGGAUGAAACGGGUCUUCUUCUACUCGUUUUUAACCACUUAGUGCACAAAUGAAUACCUCAAGUAAACUGCUAUCCACAACUUUUCAACAACAUGUAGACUAAGAAAAAAAUUAUAACCGAACCUCGCACCCCCUAAGAGGCCCGGACAAAGAAAUUUUAAUUUCCAAUAUGAACAAAGAUAAAGGAUAUGCUUAACUUUUCUUUAACUAGCCUUUUAUAAGAAGUUUUGAUUCAUCUUAAAUCGCUUGAUUUGAAUUGACAACAGGAAAUUUCGUAUUUAAAUUUAAAACCGAUUCCAAGGCCAAAGAGACUAAAACAUUCGAUACCACUUCGAGGAUUUUUGAUAAUGCUUGAUGUUAUGUUUGUAGUUUUGGCUGCUGAAUCCUGGUUUUAACCACUUAGUGCACAAAUGGAUACCUCAAGUAAACUGCUAUCCACAACUUUUCAACAACAUGUAGACUAAGAAAAAAAUUAUAACCAAACCUUGCCCCCCUAGGAGGCCCGGACAAAGAAAUUUUAAUUUCCAAUAUGAACAAAGAUAAAGGAUAUGCUUAACUUUUCUUUAACUAGCCUUUUAUAAGAAGUUUUGAUUCAUCUAAAAUCGCUCGAUUUGAAUUGACAACGGGAAAUUUCGUAUUUAAAUUUAAAACCGAUUCCAAGGCCAAAGAGACUAAAACAAUCGAUACCACUUCGAGGAUUUUUGAUAAUGCUUGGUGUUAUGUUUGUAGUUUUGGCUGCUGAAUCCUGGUUGAAUAAAUUUUUUUUUUUCUUCAACGUACCAUUACUGCUUUUUGUAAAAUUUUGCUUGUGAAAGUAGUGGAGUUUUAUGUUUUGUACUUUGUGCUAAAUUGCUCACUGUUUGUCGGUAUAUGUGUGUAGUGUCGCGUAAACUUGUAAGCUCUUAUAUACUUCAACGGGCCUAACCUUAACGUAAAUAUUAAAUUUUUAUUAUGCAUUAAAUAAUGAUUAAUAGCUAACUAUAGAUAGCUGAUAAGGUGUUAAUGCUUGUGAAAUAAGUGUAGCAUGUUUCUGUCUCCAGUCUCUCCGCUGCCAGCAAAAGAAAAGAAAUGGGCGCUAGGUAACACUAAAACCAAUAACUUAACACGUAACAAACAUUACUUCACUUAAAUUAUGAAAUGUCUAUUGAAUUACUUCUGUACGUCUUUCCUUUAUAAAACCUUUCACAAUUACAACGUCUUCAUCGAUAACCUAAUAUUUGAUGAUUUUCCACGCUCGUAUGGAUGGGGAAAUAAUGGCAAUUUUUUUCAUUGCUUAAGAGGAGUUUUUCGUUCAUAAACCUUGCGUGAUGGGUUAUGCGACACGGACAGUUUUCAUGAAUAACUUGUCAUGUUGCCUUGUCUACGAAUAAGGAUAGAACAAAUACGCAGGCAGGAUUCAUUUCAAUUUUUAUGAAAAUUACCCACCCAUCUUCUUUUUGGAUAUUUUUUGUCCAGCGUCUAGAAUUAGAGUUAUCAUUCGCGAAUACUCCAAAAGUAUCUCCCUUUCCCUAACAUAGCACACAGCUUCCUCUCCCUUUCCGCUCCCCCCCCCUUUACUUUUCUUCGCAGUGUUUGAGAUAUUCCCGACACCCCACGUCAAUAUGUUUGAGACAUUUUCCAUUAAGGGUCGAAAGUUAUCCAGAAUUGCUUUGGUUUUGCUUUACUUCGUUAUUUGAUUGGUUCAGGAAACUCGCGCCACUUUUCGACCAGUAGAAAAUAAAACCAAUCGCGUCACCUGCGUUUUCCUGCGCUUUACUAAGUUGCUCGGUUUUACUCUUAGUUCUCACAGACUUGUGAGAUUUUCCAUGCUUUGGUUGGUCGUUGUUAUAGCUUCGGUAUUGAUUUUACGACUCUCAGUCGAAAAGCGCUUUGCGAUAUAGAGACAAUUGAAUGAGCUAACCUGACUUGAACCCUUCGCGGAUUUCUUUGACUAUAGUACAUUUUGUACCAUUGACAUGACCGCGGUUGGCGUAAUCUUUAGUGCUAGGGACAAUUCCUGAUUGUGUUUUACUUGUGUUAUAUUUCUUGAGUGUUUACAUGAGAACUUCCCUAACAUUUAUCUUUUUCUUCAAGAUUUCUGUACCUGGUUUAUUAUUGACUUAUUAUAAAGGACAGCUUGGUAAUCUGAUCCUUUUUUUUAGUAUCGAAAGGAUAAACUCCAAGAAGAAGUCCCUGUCGAAACGUCCUCCAGCUCCAGGAAAACCUAGGCUUAAGCCAAAACCAGCCCCGUCCCUACCCCGGUGUAAGACACUAUGGCCUUACGACGCCACCGACGUUGAAGAGUUGAGCUUUCAACCGGACGAAAUCAUUGAAAUUAUUAAAGAAGGUAAAAUAACGUAGGAAACAGUUAAAACGCCUCAUGUAAUAAGUCGCUAGGUAUGAUAACUGGGUUCCCUAAGGUUUGCAGAGUAGAGCAGGUUUGAUAUGUCCACGUCGUAACAACCACAAGAAAACAAGCAAAGUCGUGCUCAGGUUCCUCGUUCUUUCUGCAUAGGAGCCUGGGAACAAGUUUGUAGUCUGAUUUGGUGGUCAGUGGCCUCAUUUUGAUGUGUUGUAACGUGAGCGGGGAAAACUAGGAUCGAGGCUUCCUGCUACACUUCCGGAGUAAAAAAAAAAGGAUCGCAGUGAAAUUUUUCUCCUGGUUUGACUUGCUCUUUUCGGCUUUAAAGAAAGUUUUGACCCGAAUUUUUUUAAUGUUUAUUUUUUGGUGGGACUUUGUAAUUAAACAUCAGAUGAUGAAAAAUACCAUACUCAUGCAGCUUAAGAUUCACCUCGAAUUCGUAUACUUGACCAAGUUUUUCUGUCUUAUGUUAAGUGUUAAAUGCUGGUCCCACUUGGCCUCAGAUUCUAACAUUGUCAUCUGUGUUUUAUUCCCAGAUCCCUCAGGAUGGUGGACGGGAAAACUGAAUGGCCGCGAGGGACUAUUUCCAAGUAACUACAUCGAAAAGAUUUAAAGAAAAACGAGAUUGAUAAUAUAGCGUUUUCUAAGUUGUCGUAAUUUUCAGCAUUCUGGUGUAAAUAUAGUAACGAGAUUUGAAAACUAUUCAACUUAAAAUCGCAAGUGAUAUUUAAUCAUCCGUCUCUAAGCUUACGGAAUCUCAGACAGCAACCGUGAUAUAAAUUAUAAUGAAAAUCCACAUUUAAUGGAAAUUCACCACUAAUGCAUUUUUCAUGUCACACGCAUCUAUGUAACCCAUUUUGUCAUUUGGUACGGAACAAGUCAUUAAUAUUCGUCGAAUUUAAUCCAGAGAAAUCAUCAAUCGCAGAAAUGUUUUAAUGAUGGAAAUUAACCUACCCAUAUCUACCACAUUCCAUGUAAAGAUCACCGUAGUUAAAAAAGAAAAAAAAGGAAAACUCUUGUGUAUGGCUGAUCUCACACCCAGUUCCUACCGUCUUUACCACUGCUUGAUCGUGGAAAGUCUGGGUACGAGAUUAGCGAAUGGCCAAAGAAAUUGAUGCUAUCCUUUGUUACUGUUGAUUGAUGGUUAUCGGCAAAUUCCUUAACCGUAGAAAGAAUUUGAGCAAAUUGCAAAUUCUGUCGCAAAAUUGCUUUGUUUCGAAGACGAAUUGGUCGUAAUUUAGGUAAACGGAAUUGUAAAUGUAUAAUUUCAGUCUGAAGAAGGAAUGAAGAAAUACCUAAACAGUAUAAGUUUUGUUCAAAUUUGUAAGAGUCAAUUUGUGUUAAAGUCGAUUUAUUUUCAAGAAGAACCCUUAGAAUCUAUGUGUAACAAUCAGUACAAUGAUAUUUAGUAUAAGAAAAAAAAUUGUGUGAAUGUUUUGUAAAUUAUUGAAAUCUGUCAGGAGAGAUUUUUGCAAUAGUUAAUUAUUUAGUCUAAUUUAACGGUACUUACAAAGUUGGG